CGGUCCUCCAUCCCCGCCCCCUAGUGGAGAGUUCGGUGCCUGGUGACGCUUCUGGCUCAGCCAAUUAUCGGCGUGUUGGUUCCCGGCCGGGCGUGCCUCGGUUGCCGUGGUAGCGGGAGUGUGCGGCGGAGCGACACAUAGAGGGGGAGACAUGGAGGAGCUGGAAGAAAGCAUAUCCCCUGAUGAUCUCAGGCCCUGUAAAAUAUGUGGAAGAACAUUUCUUCCUGCUACUUUGAAAAAACAUGUUCCAAUUUGCCAAAAAGCAGCUAUUAAAAGAAGAAAAACAUUUGACUCCAGCAGACAGCGAGCCGAGGGCACAGAAAUUUCAGUUGUCAAACCAGUAAAGCCACGGCCAGAACCUCCAAAGAAGGCGUCCAACUGGAGGAGGAAGCAUGAAGACUUCAUUGCUACGAUUCGAGCUGCUAAAGGACUCGACAAAAUCAUAAAGGAAGGUGGAGAACUUCCACCUCCACCCCCACCUUCAUAUGAUCCAGAUUAUGUCCAGUGCCCAUUUUGUCAGAGGAGGUUUAAUGAGAAUGCGGCUGACAGGCACAUCGGCUUCUGCAAAGAACAAGCGGCUCGCAUACCCAAUAAAGGCAAAUUAGGUGGAGAUACGAAAGCAAAAGUGAUUCCACGGACUCAGGUCAAGCCCCCUGCUCUUACGAAGACUAAUUCUCCUGCGUCUGUGUCCUCAACAAAUUCUCGUUUGCCACAACCACCUAAUAUUGGUAAACUUACUUCAGGUAUACCUUCAGCAAAGCCAGCAUCGGGUAGUGGAACAGCAAUAAAUCGGUAUCAGCCGUCUUCCCCUGCAAGCAAAAGUCCUGCCAUACCAUCUCCCCAAUCAGGUAAAAUUGGUGGAGUAGGCCCACCUCUGCGGACAGGAAGAGAUUUACAAAGCCUGAAUAAUGGUAACCCUAAAACAGACAGUUCCAACCCAAGAUCUAAUGACUUGCUCCCAAUUAACAAAGGUUCAAUAAAGUCUAGGACACCACCAAGUUUGGCCAAAAAUCCGCCAUCAGCAGCAUCUGCUAACAAAAGGAAAACCUACAAUGCUGAAAACUACACUAGGCCUGAUGGGAAGACAGGAUACGGUUUUGAGGAGCACUCAGAGAUUGUGAAUGGUGGACGCAUAAAGGCUGAAGACAAUAAUGGGUCAGGACAGCUUACCAAGUUCUGCCAUGAAUGUGGCACGAAGUAUCCUGUUCAGUGGGCAAAGUUCUGCUGCGAAUGUGGAGUAAGGAGGAUGGUUAUCUGAGCAAAUACCUUAUUAUCUCAGUGACGCCAAACGCAUCUAGACUGCACACUUGUACUAAUAAAAUCCUGAGCUUGCUGUUGUUGGAUAUAUGAUGCAUACCUAACUGAAGCAUUGCUGUGCUCAUGGGAAAACUGCUAGUCAUUAAUGAAGUUGUCAUCAGGGUUAUUAUUAUUAUUAUUAUUAUUAUAGGUUACUGGAUAUAUAAGGGAAAUGUUAAAUAUCAACAUUAAAUCUAAGCUUUAAACAAGUUAAAUAAUCAAUAAGCUUUAAAGCACAGGUUAGGUAAGCUUAUGUCUAAUAAAUAAUAAUAUUACCAACACAAA